UGUAAUUUGAUGGGAAGUUGUCAACAACUGGUUGGGGAGGAAGCAAAGUGUCAUUUGGCCGUUCGUGAGUUUGCCGAGCAUGUUAUAGUAAGAUUUGUUUACACAUUUUUAGCCUUUGGUUGGAUUUUGCACUAUCAAGCCGCAUUGAUAUUUUAGUUCACGAAACAACAUGGGCAACAAAGUCAUUAAAAUCAGCUAACGCUAGCUUAAUGAUGUCUUUCACUCAGUUCAAAUGGUCAGAAGUUGGCUAGUUCCAAGCUAGCAACUACGUAGCUAACGUUAGUCCAGUGAAGACAGGCUGAUAUUUACUGUGUGUGUCUGAGAGCUGCUGGGACCAGAGAGGACACAUCAGGCGAGUUAAACAUUUCCUUGUUUUGGAGGAACUGUCAGAGACACCCAACAUGGAUCCUUUCGACAACCAGAGCUCAGAGCGAGCCAACCUGCCGAGGAACAUGAUCGAGAACAGCAUGUUUGAAGAAGAGCCUGUUGUGGAUUUGGCAAAAGACUCCUCUGCUUUUCCGACGUUUCCUGCUCUUGACCCAGAUGUGGUGUACGAGCCUCGUAGCUCACGGUUGCUUGUGCGCGGCCUGGGGGAAAACGACAUGGACGAAGAUGAGGAGGACUGCGAGUCUUCGGCCCGUCUACUGGGCAUGUCCUUCAUGAACCGCUCUGCUCAGAGAUCUAACUCCUCCCCUUACACCAGACAGGCUCCUCCCAGGUCUUGUUCACGACCCUCUGCACGUACUAUGGUUGUUUGUGUGUUAUUCCUGGUGAUAGUGGCCUCUAUGACCAUGGUACUCUACUUCUUACCUGGAUGCACUUUUACCCGGGCAGGUUGUCCUAAGGUGAACAAGACAUCUCCUUUGGAGCCCAUCUACCCUGUGUCCACAAAUGGUGAACUGUUUCCAUGGACACAGUACCGGCUGCCACGCAGCGUUCAUCCUCUGAGCUACGAUCUCACCCUGAACCCAAACCUUGACAGUAUGACCUUCACAGGCAUCACUGUUAUCAGCAUGUCAGUGCUUCACAACACCAAAGUCAUCGUCCUGCAUGGUGUUUACCUCAACUUUACCAAAGCCACGUUCCAGCUUGGCGAUGGAAAGGCCAGUAAUGUGACUUUACUGGAGUACCCCAGACAGCAGAUAGCUGUGAAGUUCUCUGAGGAGCUGAAGGCAGGACAGCACUGUGUUCUGACCCUAGAAUACUUUGCCAACCUAUCACACACCUAUGAUGGUUUCUACAACAGCUCAUACACUGAUAAAGAUGGACACAAAAGGGUCCUCGCUGCAACCCAGUUUGAGCCACUGUCAGCAAGGAAAGCCUUUCCUUGCUUCGAUGAACCAUCAUUCAAAGCCACUUUCCUGAUUACAAUCAGCAGAAAACAGGACUACAUGACUCUUUCCAACAUGCCUAAGGCUAAAACCACUCAACUGCCCGAUGGCCUGAUGCAUGAGUUUGAAAGGACCAGUGUGAACAUGAGUACCUAUCUGGUGGCGUUCAUCAUCGCUAACUUCAGUCCGAUCAGCCAGAACGUCUCAGAUACUCUAGUGUCUGUGUACUCUGUGCCAGAGAAGAAGGAGCACACUGAGUAUGCUCUGGAAACAGGAGCUAAGCUGCUGGAGUUCUACAAUGACUUCUGUGAAAUCAACUACCCCUUCAAAAAACUAGACUUGGUAGCUAUUCCUGAUUUCCUGGCAGGAGCUAUGGAGAACUGGGGACUCAUCACUUUCAGAGAGACCAGCCUGCUGGUGGGCAAACAGUCCUCUCCUCUGGAGAAACAAGUGGUCGCCUCCGUCAUCACGCAUGAGCUCGCUCAUCAGUGGUUUGGAAACCUGGUCACUAUGAGUUGGUGGAAUGACCUGUGGCUUAAUGAAGGCUUUGCCACGUACAUGCAGUACACGUCACUGCAGACGGUCCUGCCCCAGCUGGAAAUUGUAAGGUAAUUUGUUCUGUCUGUGCGGUUCAGAGCUUUAGACAAGGAUGCACUAAACUCCUCCCACCCCAUAUCAACAGAGGUUGAUUCACCAGAGCAGGUGGAAGAGAUGUUUGACUCUGUCACUUAUGAAAAGGUACAACUUUAUAUGGUGCAAUCCAUUCUCUUGAUGCUGAACGCAUCACUGCCAAGGGAACAACAGUUCAGGAAAGGCAUCAUUCAAUACCAAACAGUCAGUGGAUCAAACGCAGACACUAACGACCUUUGGAACAGCCUUACAGAGGUGUGUGUUCAUUCUCACCACAUCAACCUGAAUGUGUCAGAGAUGAUGAGCUCAUGGACAUCGCAGAAAGGCUUUCCAUUGGUCACUGUAAGCCGCCAGGGAGAUCAGGUGACCCUCACACAGGAGCACUUCCUGCUCACCGCUGACAAUGCAACACACACUUCCAGCUUGUGGAAUAUUCCAGUGACAUAUGUUAACGACAGCUGUAGUCUGGCCCCUGAGUGCAGACAGGUGUUCACUCUGAAGACCAAGUCAGAGUCCUUCAAGAUGCCAGAAGGUGUGAAGUGGCUGAAGCUGAAUUACAGACACUCCGGUGUCUACAUCGUCCACUAUGGAGAUGACGGCUGGGCUGCUCUUGUUGAUGCUUUGAACAAUGUCACUGUUCUUACACAAGAGGACCGUGCAUCGCUCAUACACAACAUCUUUGCUCUCUCCAGACUGGGACGUGUGACCUUCUACCAGGUCCUUAACCUGCUGAACUACAUCUCCAAUGAAACUGAGACGUCUCCCAUGUUAGAAGCCUUGUUGCAAUUAAACAAUAUCUACCGGUUACUCGACAAAAGACAGGAGCAUGGACUUGUGGCGCGUAUGAAGAAUUAUAUCAUGCAUCAUUUUGGCUCCUUGAUGGAAAAACAAACAUGGGAGGAGGAGGAGAGUGUGUCCAAACAGGAGCUGCGCUCAGCGCUGCUGGAGACAGCUUGUAAUCUGAACAAGAAAAACUGCACUCAGCAAGCCAGAACCAUGUUCAAGAAGUAUGUGGAGUCCAACGGGACAUUACGGUAUGAGGAUCUGCAGCAAGUUGUGUUCAAUGUGGCAGCUCAGUCCGAUGAAGAUUGGGUGUCUUUGCUCGACUUGUUCACUCAAGUCACGUUUGAUGCAGAGAAGCGGAAAAUGCUGCGUGGCCUAGCAUCCACUCAGGACGCACGACGGAUUGUCUGGAUUCUACAGGCUGGUCUCAAGGGGGACGUCAUUCAGACACAGGAGCUGCCUUUGGUCAUCAACACUGUGUGUAGCGGCUUCACUGGCUACUUGUUUGGGUGAUUUAUACAAGAGAACUGGGACCGCCUAAUAGAGAAGUUCCCUGUGGGCUCCUGCAUCCAGUCAAUCAUCAAAUCUGUCACCUCCCAGUUCUCCACACCAGCACACCUCGAUCAGGUAAAGAAUUUCUUCUUGAGUCUAGAAGAGCGCGGCUCUCAAAUGAGGAGCGUGCAGGAAGCUUUGGAAACCAUCAGGUUAAACCAGCGCUGGAUGGACGAGAACCUGUCCACACUCCAAAACUCGCUCUGAAAAAAAAAAAGGAACUCCAUCCAGUCUAUAUCCAACAACCAGGCAGCCGAGGCGUGUCGCUCAGACAGCAGCAGUGUUUGCACUAUUGUAGGAGUGUAUCUCUUAACUUUCUUUACCAGGCUAGCGUAGAAAUCAGAGUCAGAGGUGGUGCUCUACCUUGGUGGACAAGGUGUUUUAGUUUUUUUUAAGUUGGACCUGUAAGUUAUGUUUUUUAGCUCAGGGUGACUCUGACAGGGAGUGGUCAGACACAACACGCACUCCUCACACUUCAUGCUUUCGACCAAACUUGUACUCUGCAGCUUUCAUCUGACCCUCAAGUCCAAGCAGAUAACAAUGCUUCAUUCACACUCUGCCUGUCUGAGGCACUCAGUCUGUUUGAGUUGUUGAGAAAAGACCACUUUGAAAAAGCAGGCAUAAACAUUUUCAACUUCAUUGUCGAUGAAAGAUCUGUCAGUCACUCCUGGACUCCCUCUCAGCUGUCAGUCUUCUGAAAGCAGCUGUCAGAGAUGAGAAUUUAUCGGCACAUGAGAGACAGGAUUUUUUAACCUUUUAGUGCUAUCUUAUUAAAAUAUAUGUAGAAAUAGUAGCUUGCCUGCCAUCUUGAACUCCAGUUACUCGUGCAGCCUGAAGCAUUUCCCUCUAUCAGUCAUGGUUUGGCGAGAGGAUUGGUUGCUUGAAUUGAUAGCUUAAAAUACCAAACUUGUUUUGGCAUCAGUUGAAUGUACUGGAAAACCUUCCCACUGUGUACAGUAGAUGGCGUACUGCACUAUAGUGCUAGAAAAAUCAACCAAUGUGUCUUAGGAGAGAGCAGACAGGCACACUGGAGCCAAAUGGUCACUUUUCCUUUUCUGUCUGUCUCAUAAACCCGGUUCAUUAUUUUCUUUCCGCCUGCAGUGCAGUCAUUGUAUAAACUCAUCGUUUCACUCUGUGUGCUUGUUUGUAAAGUUGUAAUUAUCAUGUAAAUAUGCUCAACCCUACAAUUUCCCCUGCAUUUUUGAAUGUGUUGUUUGAAUAUCUUUUAAUAUUUAAAGGUUUUAUGGUUUGUGUUUGUAUAUAGAGUGUAAGAGGAAAUGUAUACAUAGACUUGUUGAGGUCAAUACUUAAAGUAUAUGCUUUGUUUAAGACCUCCUCAGGGGGGUAAUUUGCUGAUGAAUGUUUCUGUUUAAGGGCUAAUGUGAAUAAUGAGGAUACAAGUUGUACCGAAGAACAUCUAUGUUGGGCGCGGCUAAUCUGUCCAGUUUGUUUAUCAGCCAAAUACAAAUACUGAAGUUGCUCCAGUAAACUGCAGCGUUGCUCCUAAGAAUGAAGAGUAAGCUAUUAUUAAGAUUGUGAACAUAAUUUUUCAGUUAAUGUUCUAAGAUUUUACUUUAACACAUUGUUGUCUCACUGUCAGCUCAUUUAAAGUGGUACUAUUUUCUUUGUUGGAGAUCUCAAUAAGAAGUGUAUCUGGGUUUUUUUAACAGUGUCUUCAUGAAGCUUCUUUGUCUCUCAAGUAAAGAAAUUGUCUGCAGGAUUUUCUACUUCUUCACCAGAACACAAAAGCAACACAAAACAGCAGAGUGUAAACCCAGUAGUGAUACCUGGCUUGAGCAUGAGGUUGUCUGAACAGGGUUGGGAAAACUGAUGAGUGAUGUGUUUGUUGAUGCUCUAGUGACUCUUUGCUGGUGGUAACAAAGAGGGAAGGGAUCCAGGAAGGGCAGAAGGGAAAAAUAAAAACUAGAUAUGGUGUUUACAGUAGAGCCUAAACCUUCUCCAGGUUAAGUAAGAUAAGUUUAAUUUAUCACAGUGCAGAUGAUUGUGAAUUCCAAACAGGGGAAAAGAGAAACCGAGCACCCAGUGUGUCAGACUUCAAUUUAAGGAUGUCAUUUGCAAUUUAAAUCUGCAACUUUGUUGCCUUGUACCACCCCACCAAAGUUUCACAGACAAUGUGAUGAAAUGUUUAACUGGUAUUUGCUUUAAAUACACAUCUAAUACUUUUACGUCCAGGAUAGUUGUGGACCUUGCAGCUUUAUUGUGAAAGUAGGUUCUUUUGUCCAGUUAUAAAUACCACAUUCAUGUACCUGCUCGAUCGAGGCUCUGGGACUUUGAUAUUUCAUCAUCAUUGGGUUAGGAAAUGCCUACUUUAUGAGAUGUCACUUGAUGAUGUCAUUCAGGCACAGGAUCCAGUCAAGGGUCGGUCUGAUGUCUGGUUGUAGUUGAAUACUACAGACGUAGUGAACCCAAUCAAAUUGACUGAUUUUGCACUGGGAUGAAACUCUGCAGAUGCUUCUGAAACUGUGCUGCUCUUUAUGUGAACAAAAUAUAAAUAAAAGUUCUUUUCUGAGGA